AGUCGUUAAAACUCAGCAACAGCUGAUGUGUGAAUUUUGUUUACACAACAUGGAAAAUGGAGAGGAUGUAUACAAUUCGCUAAAAGGUGCCACGUUCUUAAUUCAUCUUAUUUCAGGAUCGGUGGCAGGAAUGUUAGAAUACAGUAUAUUCUAUCCUCUGGAUACUGUAAAGACAAGAAUGCAGGACUUGACACACGCAAAUAAGAGUGUUUUCAGAACAAUGGUAAAUAUGUGCCAGAAUGAAGGGCCGUCUUCGUUAUUCAGGGGUAUGACUAUAUUUGCUGGAGGCUCAGCACCUGCGCAUGGAAUGUAUUUUGUUGCUUACGAAUAUUUCAAGGUCAAAAUGUCAAGUCAUUUCAAUAAAAAUAUAGCUUAUGGAUUGUCCGGAGCUAUUGCAACUACAGUACAUGAUGGUUUGAUGGUGCCGAUUGAAGCAAUCAAACAGCGAAGACAAGUUGAAGGCAGCCCUUACAAAUCGAAUAUUGAUUGUAUUGUGAAAAUGUACAAACAAGAGGGAAUCCGAUCAUUCUAUCGCUCAUUCACUACUCAGUUGUUGAUGAACAUACCGUUCCAAUCGGUUCAUUUCAUUGUGUAUGAAUGGGCCAGCCAUGCACUGUCUCCCGAGGAAGGCUUCAAUCCCCUGAGUCAUGCCACGGCUGGAGCAAUUGCCGGUGCAUUGGCAGCGUUUAUCACCAACCCUCUGGAUGUAUCAAAAACACUCUUGAAUACUCAAAAGCAUGAGGAAAAAGUAGUUGGCGUGUGGAAUGCGAUGAAGAAGGUUUAUGCAGUGGCUGGUCCAUCAGGCUACUUUAGAGGAGCUACAGCCAGAAUCUUGCAUGUCAUGCCUGCUACAGGGAUUUGCUGGGGAACUUAUGAGAGCAUGAAGUAUGGAUUGAAGAGAGUCUUGUAGCAGUAAAUUAUUAUACGAUUCUUAUGUCAACAAAUGAACUUUUAUUUCACGUUAUGUAAGCAAUCAAAAGUCUAGAAAGCAGUGAUAGAAUUUUAUCUGAAUAUAAGCUGUCAUUCUGUUAACCUGUAUUUCAAAAAAUACAAUUAACGGUUAAGGUUUCUUUUAACUCAGUAAAUUGAUUCAAUAAUAACUGAACAUUGAAUUACCGUAUUACGGUUAUAAAGAUAAUAAUCAUGAUAAUAUAAUGAUUAUCAUAUAAUCAUAAUAAUUAUAUAGAUAUCAUAAUAAUCAUGGGAUAUAGGAUACUUUUUAAGCUGUAUAACUUAAGUUACAGUGUAGGCUACCGUACCGUAAUUUUACUCUAUACACAUAAAGAUAAAUAUUUUCAAAAUUUUUAUUCUUUCAAGAGUUCUAUUCUCAAACUCGAUUCUCGAAUUGAGUUUUAAAAUUGUUAUAGAGAACAAAUUUCUCUAUAAAUAUACAAGUUUUUUUUUACGGU